AUGACUAAUCAUCGUCAUGUGCUCAGUGUCCCAAUGUCACACUUAGAGAAUAGACGGAACUGCGGAGCCUCAACCGAGGCCGCGGGGGGGAGGGGGGGCGGGGGGGGGGGCGGGGGCCGCGGGGGGGGUCUGAGCGGCGGAUACCGGGACUCUCUCUCCUACAAGUACGUGAUGGAGCAGUUCAGGAAAAACCAAGUGACCAGUGAGAAGCUGUGCCGCGCUCACCAGGAGCUGCUGCACAGGGCCACCACCUACCGGUGUCUCCUGCAGAGCGUCCGGCGGCACCUGGAGCUGCACCGGGUGUACCACGGGACGGGCGAGCGGUCAGCGGAGCAGGUGGCGCAGAUGGUGGGACUCAAACUCCCGCAACAGCCCAGUGGCAAAGGCCGCGAGAAGUGACCGGUGACCCGCGGACCGAACGCAACACGUCCUCUCGUCCUCGUGUCUGUAAACGAUGCAAAGAAAACACUACAACUAAAGCGACAGUGUUACCCGUCCGUCGGUCUCCGAUCUUAUUCCACCACCGACAAACACUUUGCGGGUUCCCACCCGAACGCAGAGCAACUUUCUCGCUCUGACGUGACGGCCGUUACACGACCGUAACGCGUUGUUUCUGUUCGUUGCUAUUCCUGCGAUGGCGGAUUAUCUAUAAUAAUAAUAAUAAUAAU